CUUUCCAUUGAAUACCUUGUAAGACCCGUUGCAGUUCGCCCCGCGUGGGCAGGGUUUGUUCAGGAUGGCUCGGCUAUUGGACCUCGGAAAUAUAGACCUAUGGCGCAGCGAGGAGAUGCAGCUGGUGCAGCUGAUGAUCCCGGCCGACAACGCGCAUGAUACUGUGGAGGCGCUGGGCGAAAUAGGCCUGCUGCAAUUUAAGGACCUGAACGUGGACAAGUCCGCGUUCCAGCGGACCUACGCCAACCAGGUCCGGCGCUGCGAUGAGAUGGCCCGCAAGCUGCGGUUCUUCAAGGAGCAGAUUGAGAAGGCGCACAUCCCCGUGCCCAGCCGCUCCCUGCUGGACAACCGCGCGAGCGUGACCCUGGACGAGCUGGAGAGCCUGCUGGAGGCGGCAGAGCGGGAGGCGGUGGAGAUGAACGCCAACCACGACCGGCUACAGCGCGCCCACUCGGAGCUUUCGGAGCUGAGCCUGCUGCUGGACUGCGCGGGCAAGUUCUUCGACUCGGCGCGGCGCGCGGCGGUGGGCGCGGGCACUGUGGCUGGCGGCCUGGGUGCGGUGGGCAGCGCGGGCGGCGUGGGCAGCGGGCUGGGCGGCUCGGCGGCGGACGUGAGCAGCCCGCUGCUGGGCGGCGGCAGCGGCGGCGGCGGCCUGAGCGCAAUGGAGGCGCCCACGCAGUACGAGCCCAAGAUCGGGCGCCUGGGCUCCAUCGCCGGCCUCAUCGCGCGCGAGCGGCUGCCCGGCUUUGAGCGGCUGCUGUUCCGCGCCACCCGCGGCAACAACUACUUCCGAAGCAUGUCGGUGGGCAAGGUCAUGGACCCCGCCACAGGCGAGAGUGUGGAGAAGGCGGUGUUUGUGGUGUUCUUCGCGGGAGAGCGGGCCCGCACCAAGAUCGGCAAGAUCUGCGAGGCGUUUGGCGCCAACCGCUACCCGCUGCCCGAGGAGCCCAACCGCCAGCGUGCCAUGGCCGCGGAGGUGGGCGGGCGGCUGACGGAGAUGAAGACCACGCUGGAGAUCGGCGACCUGCAGCGAACACGACUGCUGCAGAAGGUGGCGGCGGACCUGGACGUGUGGACCAGCCUGGUGCGGCGGGAGAAGGCCGUGUACCACACCCUCAACAAGUGCAGCGUGGACGUCACACGCAAGGUGUUGGUGGCCGAGGCCUGGGUGCCCUCAUCCGCCCGCCCGCGAGUGCAGGAGGCCCUCCGGGCUGUGGCCAGCUCCGCCGCCCAGGUGGGCUCCAUCCUGCAGCCGCUGGUGAGCCACGAGAACCCGCCCACCUACUUCAAGACCAACAAGUUCACCAACAGCUUCCAGGCCAUUGUGGAGGCGUACGGCGUGGCUCGCUACCGCGAGGUGAACCCCGCCGUGUUCACCAUCGUCACCUUCCCCUUCCUGUUCGCCGUCAUGUUCGGCGACCUGGGACACGGCGCGCUCAUGACCGUGUUUGGGGUGUGGCUGCUCAUUAAUGAGAGCAAGUUCGCCAAGCAGCAGCUGGACGACAUGUUUGGCAUGCUGUACGGCGGCCGCUACGUCAUCUUCCUCAUGGGCCUCUUCUCGCUCUACAUGGGCCUCAUAUACAACGAGUUCUUCUCCAUGCCCAUGUCGCUGUUCGGAGACUCCGCCUUCACCUGCUUUGUGAACGGCGUCAAGGACAGCUCCAUUGACCGACGCGACUGCAGCCACGCGGGCGGCGAGGUGCGCAUGGACCGCACCCGCGGGCCCUACUGGUUCGGCGUGGACCCCAUCUGGCACGGCACCAAGACCGAGCUCCCCUUCCUGAACUCGAUGAAGAUGAAGAUGUCCAUCCUGCUGGGUGUGGCUCACAUGAACCUGGGCAUCAUCAUGUCGCUGCUCAACAACAACUACUUCAGGGACCGGCUGUCCACCAUCUGCGAGUUUGUGCCCCAGAUGAUUUUCCUGAACAGCCUGUUUGGCUACCUGUCGGCGCUCAUCGUGGGCAAGUGGCUCACCGGCGCCGUCACCGACCUGUACCACGUCAUGAUCUACAUGUUCCUGCAGCCGGGCAAUGUGGACGAGGCGGGUUUCCUGUUCACCGGCCAGGCGGGCCUGCAGGUGUUCCUGCUGCUGGUGGCCUUCGCGGCGGUGCCCUGGAUGCUGCUGCCCAAGCCGCUCGUCCUCAAGAAGCGCGCGGAGGCGGCGGCGCGGGUGCGCGGCGAGUACCACCGCCUGAACGAGGACACGGAGACGGGGCGGCAGCACGCCGGCAGCACCGACACCGCCACGCACGGCGGGGCCGCGGGCGGCGGCGGACACGGCGGCGGCGGCGGCCAUGGCGGGCAUGGCGAGCAGUUUGAGUUUGGCGAGGUCAUCGUGCACCAGAUGAUCCACACCAUUGAGUUCAUGAUCCACACCAUUGAGUUCGUGCUGGGCGCCGUGUCCAACACCGCCUCCUAUCUGCGCCUGUGGGCGCUGUCGCUGGCGCACUCGCAGCUGUCCGCCGUGUUCUACGACCGCGUGCUCAUGGCGGCCGUGGAGUCGGGCUCUCCCGCCGCCAUGGUGGUGGGCUUCUUCGUGUUCGCCUGCGCCACACUUGGCGUGCUGAUGGUGAUGGAGAGCCUGAGCGCCUUCCUGCACGCCCUGCGCCUGCACUGGGUGGAGUUCCAGAACAAGUUCUACCGGGGUGACGGCUACAGCUUCGCACCCUUCUCGUUCCACGCCAACCAGGAUGAGCACGCCGCCUCCUAAGGCGCUUGCGCCCCCGCUAGUUGCGCUUGCCGGUUGGCGGUUGUCAAACGGAUUUUGGGGGGUGCGUGUGUGUGCGUGUGUGUGCGUGUGUGUUUGGUGAACGGUUGGGCGGUGUGGGGUGCGCGCUCGACUGAGGUCCUGGGAUUGGAGCAAAGCUUUCUUCCUCGCGGGUUGCAGAGAUGAUGGGAACCGUCGCGCACGGAUCCGGGAGCCGCGACACGACACGCCGUGUCGACUGCCGCGCCACGUCAGGGUGUUGUGUGUUGUGUGUUUGCACGGGUGCUCUUGCUGUGUGUCGCCGGCGUCAUGUUGUUUUGGAGGUGGUGGUGGUGGUGGUGGUGUGCGCUGAAGCUGCAGAGAGUGUGCUGCCCCACCGCUUACACGUUGCUGCGUGCUGCUUCAUGGGUACGGUACGUGAUGGUGUGGGUGUGCUGUGUAGGCCGGGCUGAUCGAGCAAUAAUGAAUGUGUGUAUGUGUGCCAUGGGACAGGGUAAGGCUUGGGGUAAGGGGCAGGUUGGCGUAGUCCCGUAGUGUGCGCGUAAUCCCAGACGCCAACAUUCCCAGACGCCAACAUUCCAUUUGCAACGUCACGGCAAGAGCGCGCGGCUGGUAUGACGGAGGUAUGUACGGAGGCAUCGCUGACUUGCUGGCAGGCUGUUUGUUUGCUGACGCGCCUUCCUCAACAAUGUGCGUGUGUGUGUGCAGCUUCGUGCGGGCGAUGGCGGCCCAAUGGAUCCGUGGUGUGGGGGUUGAAGGUCGGGGUGAUGGCACGUGCCGUUCCGUGAGGUGAGUGAUCCCAGCACAAGGCGGGUUCUGGCUAGGCAGUAUCGCCCUGGCGGCGCGUGUAAAACGAAGAUUCA